UGGCAGGAGGGUGAAGAGUCCAUGAGAGAGAGACAUGAAAUGCUCCUUGAUUAUAUUAAAUUCAAAUGGAAUUGACCGGAUUUCACUUGGUAUGGAAUUGAAUCCUGAAUUGGGCUCAAAGAUGGCAAACUCUGUGAAGUCCCCAAGCUUAACAAGUAUUACCCAAAUUAAUUAGUCACAGAAUGUUGUUGCAGAAAAAAAAACAACAAGAAGUUGUAUGUCUUUUUGACUACUGAUGAAUUGUUAUACCCCACUAUAACCAGAUGAGGGCAACCUUAUUUUGCGUCUACAAAUUACUAACAACAUACACUGGCAACUCAGUAUUUUGUCCGUAUGGUUUAUUUAAUACUUCAUUAUCAUUACCACACUAUUGAUAAACGUGUUUAGAUUCUUUUUCUUACAUUUGAAAAGUAGAUAGAUGGUGGAAGAAAACACAGGUUCUUGUGAUCAGAAAGGUGUGAGUUCAAAUCCCAGGACUGCCACUGUUACUGUUGUGCUAUUGGGUAAGGCCCUUUACUCUCACAUUCAACUCUAUGCUUGGAUUGUAAACUGCUUCAGUCACUUUGGAUAAAAGCUUUAUGCCAAAUAAAUAAAUGUAGUUUGUCAUCAUGGACAGGCUGUCCACACAUGGUGAGUAUGCCUAAUUGGCUUGAAAGCAGUUCUUUUAAAGUAAAUAGGGAGAAAUAUUAGUCUGAAUUAAAAUGAAAUGGUGACUAAAAUCAAUAUCACUCUGUAGAAAGCAUUACUUUUUUCCAUUCCAGGAAAUCCUAGUGUGUGUGUGCCAUGGCUGAGUGAAGGCAGAGAGAAAAGCUGGAGUGUGUGAGGAGAUUUUCAGAGAGAUGAAGCCUUCUCUGGGGAGGAUGUGAUUCUGCACUGAAUCCUUUCAGAGUGUCUGUUAAUCCUGCUCCACUCCUCAUGGAGUGCAGCUCUCCUGAAUACACUGCCGCUAUGACAAACCCCAUUCACAUUAGCUGUGUGAAACUUCCCAGCUCUGUAUGCACUACCUAAUACUGAUUAGAGAUUAGUGUCACUCUCUCUCUCUCGCUCUCUCUCUAGGUUCUCAAAUUGAAUGCCUCGUCUUCUCCCAAUAUCACAAUUAAGUAUGGCAUAACCUCUCGCUAGUGUAGAGACUUCCUCAUAUUGUUAAUUUUCCCUGAACAAAUUUGAAUCGGAUAACUUGAUUAGAAGGUUUGAACAGAAUUACAGUGAGCCAAAAAAAGAGAAAAGAGACAAAGAGGAGAAACAGAGAAAAUGAGAGCACAGCAGAGAAGUCAAAAUGAUAUGCUCUAACUAAAUUAGGCGGUGGAAUUCUAAUGUGGAUCAGUAAAGCACGGCUGUGAUUACUUCUCAAAGGAAAAAAUAAAUCCUUUAGAAAAAAAAGAAAAAGCUUUCCAUGUCAGAGCUCUUGUUUUUCCCUCUCCAUUCCCAUAGAGACAGUAAUGUAAUUACUCAGCUAAUUAGCAUCAUUAGUACUGGCAGCUGUAGACGGUUCAUAGCUAGACUCUUGAAAGCCUUGUUUUCAAACAACCAAACCAGGCCCAUGUACUGACUCUCCUACUACAUUUACAUCUUUUUCCAUUUUUUUGUGGUUAGUUCAGAAAUGGAAGGUUAGGACAGACUGGAUCCACCCAUCAUACUGUACAUUUCAGGAUAGAACUAUCUGAGGUUCCUAGUGGCAACCACAUGAGGGCACCAAACCCCAAACACUGCUGAUCUACUGAAAGCUCACCUUCUAACUGGCCAUUGUCCUGAAGGGGUGAAUUUUGACCCAGUAAGUGCCCCCCAGCCAUUUGGGCAUAUGGGCAACUAAUGUGGCUGCUCUUUCUCUUUCUGACUAGGAAUACACAUAUUUUACUUUCUUUCAUCUCUUUUUAAUGUUUGACUCAUCUUACUUACCUUUAUAUUUUUCCCUAUAUUUUAAUUAGAAACACCUUUUCUGAUGAUGAUUAUUACUAUUAUUAUAUCCUACUACAGCAAACUGUCAACCCUGUCACUGUCCAUAUCAGCCUUAUUAACCUUAGUAACAGAAUUGACAUUUCUGGCUUAUGUCAACUAUAACUCCUCAAGCACAUUGUAUUGAUACUGUAAAGGUUUACAUACAUUUUUCAAAUAAAACUGUAAAAUGAAAUUGUUCUAUAUUCCAAAAUCUAGGUAACAGAGUUGGUAUUCGAUUGUUACCAGUGGUUAAGUAGAAUAAAAUAUUUUAUAUUAUUUUUAAUAAUUUAUAUUACAUGUGAUGAAAAUGUGAUGAAAUACAUUAUGAAAUAAUCUGGACAAGUUUGUAUACACAAUAACUACUGAGAGUAGAUUUAAUUAUUUUCUAUUUCUAUUAGUUCUGUAUUCUAUUACAGUAGGGGACAUUGAAAAAUGUCUUGAUUACUAUAUUAGAAAUUCAUAUUAUAUAUUUAAAAUAUCUUUUAAAAAUGUAUUUAAAAACUCUAAGCUCAUAAAAACUGUACUUUACUAUAGGUAAAACAUAAUCAUUUAUAACAAUUUCAAAUGUAGAUGUUUUAAACAUUUUUUAUAAGGCAGAGAUUUGGAGUAAUGUCCUACACUCUAAGAAAUAAAUCCGUAAAAUAACAGAAAAGUACUGGCAGCUCAUUACAUGGAUUUUGUCCCAUAAUUUAAAAACUGAAAUUUUCUGUUAAUUGACAGUGAACCCACAGUAAUAAAUAAAUAAAUAAAUAAAUAAAUAAAUAAAUAAAUAUAUAAACAAACAGGACAUUUUCGGUUAUUUAAAUGGUAUACCUUCAGUACAAUGAGGGUGGUUUGAGCAUGGACUCACCAGACGGUACUUCAGUGGAUCUAAAACAAAGAACAAUAUUACUACUAAUACAUAAUAAUAUUACACUGUGGUUGUUUUUUGUGUGUCAGAGAUGCAAGGAGAGAGAGAAAGAGAUCAAGGGACAGGAAGAGAACAGACAGGGACAGAGAAAGAAAUGGAGAUAACUUAUAACUUGUAGAGCAUGGGGAUGCCUUUAUGACUGACUGGCCAGAUGCUACUUUUACAGCUGUAAAACAGAGGAAAAUAUUAUUUCUAAUGCGCACUAACAUUACACUUGAACUGUUAAGAGAGAUAGAAAGGGACGGGGUGAGAAAGAGGUAAACAUCGACAAAGAUAGCUAACAAUUUGUAUACUGCGAGUACACAGGGAUGGCUUGAAUACAGACCCCCAUCUUUCACUGGAGGUGGAGCCCUCUAAAGCUCUACAUAUCAUCUUGGAGAUGUACUGCCAUACAGAAAUUAUAUGAUCAAAUGUAAAAAUAAAACACUGCAUAGUCAUCACUAUAGGAAUUAAAUAUACAUUGAUUCUUAUUAAAAGUACUAAAAGUUAUUAAGUCAUAAAUGAGUGAUUUGCUCUUUGUCUCUUGUUAUUUGAUGAACAUUAAUGACAGACAGCAGCAGGUAUAUAAGGCUGCUGUCACUUUAAGACCUAAUGCACAGAUCCAAUAUACUGACACACAUCUGAUUUCUUUCCAAAAUGUUUAGGUUCACUUAACACAUAACUGACUGCAUUUACAUGAGUACUCACCAAGACCAAGGAUGUAGCAUGCCCAAGGCGAGAUUAUUUUUGGUCACAAAAAAUUCGCUACUCACGCGCUGUCUACACAGGGUUUUCUGUCCACAAACACUCAGAGCGCACGUGAAUCACCUGUACAAAAAAAAAAAAAAAAACACACACACGUGAAAACACCUCGUGUAAAAAAAAUCACCUGUGAAUCACAUGCUUUGGACAAAUUGUGGUCAAAUAUACAGGCAUACAACUGUUAAUAUACAGAUAUUUCUUACAGUUUAUGGAUAUCAGGUAUAUAAGGACUCCCUGGAGUGUAACAUAAUUCACAAUGCCUCUAAGUGUAGAUGGCAUUUGUUACUUUGUACCUGCACAGUUUAUGGAAAAUGCAUAUGCAAAUUCAUUUGUUAUGUACAUACUCACCAUCAUCCCUGACACUAAUGCAAUAUUAAUAAGCCACAAAAAGGACAUUUUGAUGAGCUGAAGUGCAUCUCCUGAAAUUGCCUUUUUUAUUGGCAACCUCUAGUGACAAGAGGCAACCUGUGUAAGGAUUGGGUCCUAGAGUGUGUAGCAAGGUAAAUGUCAUGCACUGCUUGGCUUUAUGGGAGACUUCAGUAUGAUCUGCCCUUUUCCAUUCUUUAGGCGCUGUUGUUUAAAUAGGCACUUUUAAUACUAGGCACCAGAUGGGCCCUCAAACAAGUGUGGACUGAGGCAUGUUUACCGCUCAGCAGUGUAUGUGUGCGGAACAGGUGAAAAUAUCAAAUCCCCUGCACCGAUGGCUGAGCGGCAGAUGCCAGGCCUGUAAAGCUUUAUUGGGCAUAUGCAAUUGUUUGGGCGAUAUUAACACAGAGGAGGCAGGACUGGAUAAGAUAUGUGUAAUGAUCUGAAAGACAGUCUGGUGUGGGGCUGUGAAAGCUCUACUCUGGCUGAAUGAUAGUUGUUGUAUUGCUAAAUGAAAAGAAAAAAAAAGGUUUUUCUAAAAAUCUGAGAAGUGGAGAUCAUUUUAAGCAGACAUUAACAAUUAAAUAAAAUAUAUUUGAUUUAAACCACAACCGUCCAUGCACAAAUCUUUCCAAGCAAGUUGAAAUGCAUGUGGCAGAGUAUGACUCAAACAGAAUAUUUACACAUUUUUGCUUCACGCUUCCAUUAAGUCUUGAUGUAUAUGAGCUCUAUGUGCAAAUAUAUGAGCACCUGGCUCUUUCUGUCAGCACAGGAUCAGAUUAUUGUGUACAUGGCAGAUCAUACAUGCAGCCCUACAGAGCGACACAAAAAGAUACACCAGUUCCUGUAAUUAAAACUAACAGCCAGUCCAUAACACACACAACUUUGAUUGACCUGCCUCACAGUCCUUUGAUAACUGAUUUGUGUGGCUCAGUUUAAUGUAAUGCAGGAUGCUGUGUUGACAUGGUUCAGGUGUGUUGAGCUGAUGAUCUCCAUCCAGCACAAUACAUCUAGAUUCAAAUAGAGGGGUAGAUUUAUACACCUAUAGAAGACAUUAGAAGAAUUUGUAGGAUAGUAUGUAAUAGGAAUGUGAGGGGAUUGCUCUGAUGGUGCUAAUGAUGGGACUCAAUAACUGAAACUGGCUGGAUCUCUGGAAAAAUUGCUGCCUAGUAUAACAUUGCUUUCUGCUUUAAAACAACCACCCAGGCUUCAAACAUGAAUAAAUCUUACUUGGAGUGAAAAGCCAAGGGGAAACUUGCCAGAAUAAAUCGGCUACAACCCCAGCAUAAAUAAAGAGGUUUGAGAACAGUUGAAGAAGUAUCCAAGUUGUACCAAUAGCAGUCCCAGGCCCUAGUCCAUGUGAUUACUUUAAAACUCAUUCUUGUUGUUAUUAAAUAUAAUAAUGGCAAUAAGGUUACAAUAAAGGGAGUUACAGUGGUGCAGCAGGGAGCAUUGCUACCUCACAGACCCCUAGGAGACCCGGUUUGAUCCUUGGCUCGAGUUACAGUCUCUAUAGAGUUUCUGUACAUGUUCUCCUAAUGUCCGUGUUGGUUUCCAGAGGUUUCUCAGGUUUUCUUCCACUUCCUGGAAACAUGCAGUAGGUAGAUGAAUGGUGAAUAUAGUGUUUUUGUACAAUUUCUUUUAACUGUUUUACUAUGUACUUAUUUAGAUACAUUACUGGUAUGCAUGAUUAUAUAUUAACAACCUUAAUCCUUCUGUGUGGAAUUUAUCCAGGAUCCACAUGUCCUGGAUGAGCAGGACAUGAUCAAGUGACAGGACCUUUUUGUAUUCAUGAGUCAACAAAUGAUUGUUUUAUAGUAAACAUUUAAUUAUGGAGCUAUAACACAAUUGUGAUGAACAUAUAAAUGCACAAACAUGCUUGCACAACAUGUCACUUCCUUUAAUCUUACCAGCUGCUUCUGACCCUUGAUCAUAGCCUGUUCAUUCAAGGCUUGUGCUGAGAUGUCGUGAGCUCCCCGGCCAUCACUCACAUGGACAGCUCCCUUUUCUAACAGAAUCAGACACACAGCCCCUCCUAAUCCCAUCCAAGACAGAGACGGAUGGGCUCCUGCUGACCCGCACCCUCUCUGUCUCUCUCUCUCUGCAGUCACAGUCACAAUGGGCAUCUGUCACAGAGUAAUAGUGGCAGCAGCCAAUGGCACAGAGAUCAGGUCAAGUUUGAAAAUUUCCACAUGAGGCCACAAUCAAGCUCAUCAGAUCCAUCAUACUGAACACCCAGCCUGUCAGUGUACAGAUUUCAGAUGGACAACUUAAUGGACUGGCAUGAUGGGUUUGGCACACAUUAUCAUCCAACCUACUGGAUUAAGAGUAUGAAGGAAACUCUCUGUUCAGUACUUGGUGAUGUUAUUUACCGUAAAUAACUAAAUCCAAAAAGACUUAAAUACUGAUAAAAUACCAAGCCUGAUAAAAUGGUAACUCCACAGCUCUACUGUAUCCAGAUCAUCAAAUCAUUCUGUACAACAGCACAACAGCACAACAGCAACAGGAAGUUCCGCUAUGUGUGUAUUUGAUGGGAUGUGCACAGCAUCCCUCUGUCCCUCACAUCUUACAGAACAUCUGUCAGCUCUGCUGGCCCACUGCUGACUGUGCUGGAGGAAUGCAGCUGUGGAUUAGACCCUCCUGCCAGGCUGAGAUACCAGAGCACUACACCACUGACAUUUCCACAUGACAUUUGAGAUCCUCUCUCUUUCACUGAGCGACUCUGAGGAGAGCGCUUCUCUUGUACACAGUCACGUCGUUUGAAGGAUAGAUCAAACCAGAAAAUAAUGAACACAAUCACAUUUGCAAACCACAACUUGUUAAGAGAUACAAAGGAACCAUGCUGAGAUCGACAAACAGUGUACUUUGUUUCAAACAAAUGUGCUAAUGCUGUUUCAUAUUCUAUGAAUGUUAAAUGUAAAUUUAGGUUUUGGUAUGGCUAGAGUUCAAUAGCUCCUGUAGGGUUAUUAACUGUUUGCAACAUUAUUGUUUAACUACUUGCUUGACAGUAUCCACACAAGAGUUUGCAUACAUGGAUGACUAGGUUAUGGAGGUGAAAUGUGAUAGAAUUUCAAAAACAAAAUAAGGCCAACAAUGAAACAAGAUAAACCAUCCCAUCAGCCCUUUGAAAUGCUGUUGUUCUGGCUCAUCAUGGCUGAUCUUGUGGAGGCAGUUAGAAAUCAGCUCAGAGAUUCUUAAGCACUACACAGAGAAUGGGAGUGAUUAGUGUAACAACAAUGACUAUGAGUUUAUUUUAACACAACUAGCCAUGCCAGUGCUCAUCAGCAAGCCCUGAUAAUCAAGAGAAUCAAGUCUCAUAUAUCACAAGGCCUGAUAUUACAGACGAAUACAAUCACUGAGAAUAUCUCUUGCGUAGUACAACUUGUAUAAUUUAUAUAAAAAAAGGUGAAACAAUAACACUGCUAAAUGUCAUUACCCAAAGUCCUGUCCCGUAUUGAUCCUACCUAGAAAUUGAUUAGUGUCAUUAGUAAAGCUGUUAGUUAUACUGUUUUUAAUUGUUAUAGAUCAUUAACACAAAUUCCCAAUGAUCUGUGAAUCCACACACAAUUCUCAGGUACACACUCAGUAUCGCCCACUCUGUGAUAUGUCAGAUGAAUCCACGAGGGAGAUGUAAAGGCAUUGCCUGAAGCACAGGGUCUGAUCUCAUUUGCUGCCUCUUAUUAUGCAAACCACUCCCUGACGCCCACCUUCUAAUUAGGGCUAAAUUAAUUUGAGCACAAUCUUUCAUGUCUCAGGCCUGGGCUGUGCCUCUUCCCUCCAUUUACAGAAUCAUAUUAAUGUUUGUGUGGGAACACUACUCUUGCAGAUGAAAAGACUGAUACAAUUAAUUAAGUCCUGCCUCUGUUUUUCCCCUCCUCUCACAGGAGAAAUGAUAAGUGUGAUGAGCGGGCUCUGAUUAACCCCAUUAUAUGGGCUAAUAAGGAAGAUCAUAUAAAAAUCAAGGAAGCUGCACAAUUAUGAGGGAAUGCAAAUUAUGCAAGCUAACGAGCUAUAUGCCAAUUUAGGAAAUGCUUUGUUGGGAAAAUGUGAUGUUCAGCAUUCUCAACACGGGGUCAUUUAUUCCUUUGUAUGUACACGUGUGUGCAUGCAUAAUUGCAAGGGACACACGACUGCGUGUAUGCGAGUUUGAUAAUGUCUUUGCAUCUGUCUCAUGCUGUUUCCGUGCGCUGCAACACUUCCGAGAGAGCAAUGAGAGUCAGAAGCAGGCUUUCAGAACCAUGGACAGCAGCUACAAACACCGUUUCUCCAGCCUGGACUCAAGAAGAGACACUGAACAAUUCCGAUUUAAAUGCAUUUAUACAUAUUUCUAUAUAGUAUUAAUCAUUAUUAUUUAGACUGGCAGUAAUUAGCUUACCUGCUACUUGUUUAGAGGCUAUACAUUCGUAGCUAUGAAACGGUAGCCUAUUUACUGCUCUCAACCUCACACACCAUUUCUAAAUUCACUCACAAACAUUUCUAAAUGGUCAGUCAGUGAACAGAUCAUUCAUAAGCGCCUUUAGAUGGGAUGUGAGGACUAGCAAAAUAAGAAUAGCAAAGUAGGGUGAAAACUGUACAUGAAUGCUAGCAUUCUACUUAGAUAUAUUGCCAGGCUUGUACAUCAAUAUGUCAUUUUAUUUUCUAUACUUUCUAGCGUAUAGUAUAGUAUGGUAUCUGUAGUAUAGUAGCUAUAGUAUAGUAUAGUGUAAUAAGGUCUUUACGUGGCAUGUUGGUUGAGCUAUAAAUACUAGAAAUGCGCUUAGCAUAUAUAAACAUGUCCCCUCUGAAGAUCUCGACAGUUUACUAUUACAAUAAAAAGAAUUUUUCAAAUCACGUCAAUUCAACGUUCAUCUUGUUUCGGACAAAUCAUUUCUAGGACCAGGUUUUCGAAAAGAAAGAUUUCAUAUUAAACAUUAUGCUAACGAAUAAAGCUUUCUAAAACUCAGAGCGAAGAGUUUGUGUGGAGAGUCUCUGGGGGAAGCCUAUGGCAGCUGUAUGUAAAUGAGAGGCCAGACAAGCAUGCGCCAUAGAGCAAACACACACACACACACACUCACACAGAGAGAGAGAGAGAGAGAGAGUGUGUGUGUGUGUGUGUGUGUGUGUGUGUGUGUGUGAGAGAGAGAGAGAGAGAGAGAGAGAGAGAGAGAGAAGCCUAUACAGUCUCUUUAUAAAUACCAUCGAGGCAAAGAAUCUGCAGGACGACAUAUGAUUGAAAGAAUAUUACCAGUACACUUGUGAGUCAAUACAUACAUGGGUUACAGAAUAUAAUGCUUCAGAAUAGAUAGGGUUACUGAAUAUAAUGCUGUGUUGUGUGGAAAAAAACAACAACAGUGCGAUUGAACUGAACAGUUCCUGAAUAGUUUGUCUUACAUACUCAGUACACUGUUUUUCAAAUAUCUGUAAGGCAGAUGCUUUUGAGUUGACACAAUUUCAUAUCACAGCCCAUCUUUAUGUGCACACGAUGUAAAAUCAUACACUUUUAAUAAGUGAUGAAAGCAGAACAAUGGGGCAUUGCAGUGUUGCAGCCUGGGGCAGCAGGAGUGUGGUGAAGGUGGAGGCCUGUAGCGCACAGAUGAUUACAGCACGCUCAUGCAGCACAGCUUUAUGCUAAUGAGCCCAACAAUACGCCAUGAUGCCUGCACAUUCACCCAGAUCAGCUUUCCUCAACCAGCCCGUCCUGCACCACUACAAUGCAAUUCAGUUUUACUAAAUACACACUCUUUACAACAUGGGGUUAAGGACAGGGCUAGGCUUGUGCCUGAACUAAAGCAGGCUCCGUUAAAUAUUUAUAUACAUUUUGAUAAUAAAUGGUGGUUUGUGGAUAAACAUUUAAUACUGUUCGAAACGUUUAAUAGCUGUCUGAAAAUAUAAUGAUUAUGCGUGUCAGAAAGUUAAGGCCAGAAUAGGCUAUAGGCCAAGGCUUCCUUGGCCCGCUGCAGUAUUUGUCAGUAUCUUGCAGUGCGCUUUGAAAUUAAAGCUCAUGCACUAUAUGCGUUCAAAGUUGACGUGAAACAACAGCACUUUCCUGCAAACUAACCGAAACUAAAACUACAUGAGACAGGUAUGUGCAUAGUGCUAUAGCCUCCAAUGAUCAUUUCCAUUCUCCUGAAACAGGCCAAAAGAUGGUUCUCAAAAUAGUGGCUUAUCUGGGAGGAUUGGAAGAUUUAAUGGUGUCUAACUAGUGGAGUGACCUUGAGGGCAGCACCCAUCUCUCUGAUUUCCCCCAGCACGCGUCUAUAUUUGGGCCAGAUUGCUUGUGUGUUCUGUUUCACAGUGGAGGGGUCAAUUUGCUUUUCAAACGCAAAAGGCUCUGACGGCUGGGCAGACGCGGCCAUUGUGUUCAAAGAUGAGAGCCCUUCUUAUUACUUAUGUAUGCGCUAGCCGGCUGAUUUAUAAGUUCAGUUAAACUACCGAGAAAGACACGUGCCCUAUUAAAUAUGUGUCUGCUUGAAACCUGGCGAUUCCUUUCUACAGAUGGAGUUGCUUAAAGGUUGUAGUAAUAAGUGGAAAUGGGAAGAGAUGAUCAAAUAUUUAAUAGUGUAAUAAUAAAAGGACGUGCUGAUAAUACAAAUAAUCGGAAUUUCAAAUGCCACACAAUUCAAAAUGGACCUGGUGUUAUCAAACUGUGUGUAGAAAAGAAAAGAAAAAUAACAGAAAUAAAAAGAAAACAAAAACAAGAACAAAAAUGUAUAUACCGUUACAGCAUCUGAAUGAUUUAAAAAAAAAAAAAAGAAGUUAUUUAAAAAUAUUGACUGUUUUUGUUUGCGUAAUGUGAUCUAUGUGAAUUCCAGUUAAAGCUGGGAUUAUUGUGGUGUUGAGAAGCGUUUCCUUUCGGCAGAUCUGCGGCCCCUGAAGACGCGCACACGCACACAGCCACGGCACGUGUUCCUCUCUAUAGAAAGCCAUCAGACCGUAAACGGAGAAAAAAAGUCCCGGCGUGUGUUCUUUUAAGGGAGGGGCUUAGAGAGCGAAUUAAUAUAAUAAAGCGCAGGUACAUCUGCUCAGCAAAUCGGCGGCGUUUUCCUGCGCAGCCCCCAGCCCAAGUGCUCCAUUCCCUCCCACAGCCAAUUCCACAGAGAUCCUCUGGGCGCCUGAUUGGAUGAGAAGCAAACGAUAAGGGGCGAGAACAAUAGCAUCAUCCCUCCUUAAAAAGAGUGCAGCUAUGUAUUAAGAGAGAAGAAGAAGAAGAAGAAAAAAAAAAAAACGUUACGGGGAGGGGAGGUAGGCACACCCUGACCAAAAGGUACUACACCCGGCGUGUCUGUAGCCAAGUGCACAGCCGUGGAUCACAUUCAACACAUCGCAUCCUCUCCAAGUGCCUUUCUUCAUCCGCCCGCCGACAUGCCCAAAGGUUUCCUGGUGAAAAGAAACAAGAAAGCGGCACACGUCUCUUACCGGAUUCGUUGCGAUGACGAUGAUGGACAGGAAGCGACUCUGGAAUGUCAGAUUCAGCGCGACGCGUCCCCGCCUCUGUCCAGUACCUGCAUCCCGGAGAUCGCAGCAUCAUCACCAUCCGAUGCAGCAGACACGCCGGUCCACGGUCACGGAGCCAAACCGGUGCAGUUUGGUAAUCCGGAGGCGGUUUAUCAAGCCCUAUACAGCCCCACCCGCCCCAUCAGCAAGGACCAUGAGAGGAAAUAUUUCGACAGAAGUUUCAACCUGGGCUCGCCCAUCUCCGCCGAAUCAUUUCCGACUCCUACCUCUCUCACCAGCCUGGACCACCUCCUUUUUGCUCCGGUAGACUUGAAAAUCGGCUCCAGCAACAGCAGCGCGCUGACAUCGGCUGUUAGGAGCGUCGGAAAAAGGCCCUCCACUGACACCGAGCGCAAAAGUAAAAGCGGAGCCAAGAAACCCAAAGCCAUACGGAAGCUGACCUUCGAGGACGAGGUGACCACUUCACCAGUACUCGGUCUUAAAAUCAAAGAGGGCCCUGUCGACCUGAAACCGCGAGCCUUAUCCGCCAGUGGCAACAAACCCCUAGGAGAGUUCAUCUGCCAACUCUGCAAGGAAGAAUACGCGGACCCGUUCUCUUUAGCGCAGCACAAGUGCUCGAGGAUCGUGAGGGUCGAGUACAGGUGUCCUGAAUGCGACAAAGUGUUCAGCUGUCCUGCUAACUUGGCCUCUCAUCGCCGCUGGCACAAACCGCGCGCUCAGCCUGCACCCGGCGUGCCAACUUCACAAGCGGCCAAGAGCGACACGUCCAAAAUGCCCGCUGUCUCCAGAGGCUUCGGAGAGGAAAUCAAAGACGGAAGAGAGUAUUCGAGCGAGAGGGACUCUCCGAGCCCGGCUUUGUCCGAGUCCGGCUCAGAGGACGGUCUGUACGACUGCCAGCGCUGCGGGAAAAGGUUUAAACGCCAAGCGUACCUCAGAAAGCACGUGCUGGCCCAGCACGCGCUGCAACACCAAAUGAUGGGCGACACUUUUCAAAGCGCUGAGAGAGGAGAGAGCCCGGAAAUGGCGCAGCACUCUGGAGAAGGCAGCCCGAGUCCGAAUCUGAGCCCGCUGAAUUUAAGCCCAGCUGACUGCAUGCCGUGUCCGGUCUGCGGUGAGAUCGUGGCAGACAGGGUGAGCCUGGAGCGGCACGUGCGCGUUCUGCACGCUUCGCAGGUGUUUCCAUGCAAGCACUGCCCUGCCACUUUCUACAGCUCUCCAGGUCUGACCAGGCAUGUCAACAAGUGUCACCCCACAGAAAAGCGGCAGGUUAUUCUGCUUCAGAUGCCCGUGAGGCCCGCGUGCUGAAGAACAGCGAAACGGAAACCAGGAAGCGCGCGCACUCGCACCUGCACCCAGAGGCUCACGGGCUACGUGUAAAACUGCCCACUUCUAUACUCUACCCGGAGGCCCAUCAUUUUACCUUUAUCACGCUUUCCUGCAGUUUUAGAGCUUGUAAUGACUAGGAAUCUCUCCUAGUCAGCUAACAAAAUUGGCAUCGAUCUACAGUUGAAAUGACUAUAUUUUGAGAUUUCUCACGCCAAGUAGCCUAAAGAAGAGUAUUAGUUUGGUUGUGAAAUGGUAUUUUUCUAGGGCCGAUGCACACGUGGUAAUGUAAUAGCUUCUAGACCUAAGAUAACGUUCAAACGUUGGUGUACCUCUGUGAAAGCCUCGAAUUCACAUGCUGUACAUUUCUAUCGUCUGUAGCUUUAAUCUAGUAUGUGAAUUGCAGGAUGUGGGAAUUUCUCUCUCCAAAAGGUUCCCUUUAGAAUAGCCAGAAAUGCCUUUAGAGAAACACAUCAAACACUUGCUGUAUAACUGCCUUAAGAACUCGGUGUAAUGAUUGUUUUGAUUUUGUUUGAAUGUCGGCACAUAUUUACAAUUUACUGUCAUUAUGUAAGAUGAUUGUAAAACGUUUAAUCGUUAAUAUUUAUUUAUGUAUUUAUUUAUUUACAAUUGUUUCAUAUAAGUUAUUGUGUUCUUGAGUAAUUGAAGUCCUUUGUCCUAUUUUAUAGCCGAUUGUCGGGUCGGGUUCGAGUUGUGUAGGCCUGUCUUCAGUGCUCUUACAAUCUGAUCAGCUCUUGUAA